AUGGGUGUUCCUUUCGAGGCCCUCCUCCCUUACGGGAUUAUCAUGGGCAUGUUCGGCGUCACUGGCGCUGGUCUGUACGUUGUCAAGCGCUUUGCCAACGAGGGCAAGAAGGCCCGCUGGAACCGAGACCUCUGGGAUAGGCAAAUGAUGCAGCGCGACCUGCGCAUUACCGGUACUAUGCGUGGACAGUCCAGCAACCACCAGGCUCCCCCAGGAUUCGAUGUCAGCAACCCAUGGAAGGUAUGGACAAAGAAGACCCUCGAAAACCCCGUGAUGAUCGCCGAAGGCUCAUACAGUAUACAGAUCGAGAAGCGGAUUUUCUAG